AUGGAACGUAGGUGCAGAAGGCAUAAGACUUGCAUGUGGCAAGGCAAUAUGCCUAGGCACGUGGAUGCCCAAGGUGACACAAUUCUUGCAUGUUGCAAGGCAAUGUGGCUAGGUACGGGGGUGCCGAAGGCAAAGGGGAUGUUGAAGGCACAAAGCUUGCAUGUUGCAGGGCGAUGUGCCUAG